AUGGCCUCUUCAACACCAUUGGUGAAACGAUCCCUCUCUGGGCGAGAACCCCCGGAAGAUGAACCGUUAAGCUCGCCGGCAAAAAGGCGCCGGGUAACCUCCACUACCAAUAUCCCCAUUGAAACAACUGUCGCGGACGAAGGCCUCGGAGACCUCAUACACCGAACAACUUCCGAAACAGAGGCCUCGAUCGAACGUGCCUUCAAUUUAAGAAGUGCAUUCGGAGAUGAUAAUUUGCCAAUAGAAUGCAAUUGUCCACCAUUGCGCGGCCGAUCCGAUUAUCGCAUCUGGCGCCGCAAAAUGAGAGCUAUUCUGAGCCGCAAUCAGCUUUUGAAUUUGGUUGAGGGCAAAGUCGGUCAACUCCCUCGAUCACAUUACUUGGAACCCCAAUUAGCCAGCCUGAACGAGGCGGCGGGGAAAAUCAUUAAAACAAAUUUAUCUGCCACUACCAGGCUGAUUGUUCGCAACAUUCGAAACCCACAGAAGAUGUGGGAGAAGCUGGAAACACACUGCAAACCUUCUGAUUGGAGUUCUAUGCGAUCUGGCUGGCUUGAGUUGCAGAAGAUCAAAUACAGCCAAUGUUAUGAUAUCUGGGAUUAUGUGUAUAAGGUGGACGAUGCAUGGAGAUGCAUUUGCCUUGACCAGGAGGACAUUCUUGAGAAACAUGAAUUCGCCCGGUGUGCUAGCCUCAUGUGCUCUUUGGAUACACCGAAGUGGGAAACUUGGAAGAUGGGUUUUCUCUCUGGCCGCAAUAUGAAUAUACCGAGCUGGGCAGGUCUGGUGCAGAGUUUGACGUCAGCUGAGGACAAGGGCAUUGUGUCUGAUUUGAUUGGCAUUGCAAUCUGA